AUGGCUACAAAUUUUCCUCAGUGUCUUUUCCUUUGGAUUUUUGUAGCUUUUUGCUCGUAUUUGAUUAGAUUUUCCUCUUGCCAACAAAGCGGAUAUUCACCAGCCGUUGCAACCUUUUAUGAAAAUUCUACUAGUCCUGGGAGUGGUGGAGCAUGUGGGCUCGAAAAUGACAUAGCAAGUGCUCCCUACAAUGCAAUGAUCACGGCCGGAAAUCAAGCUCUUUUUAAGCAAGGCUCUGGAUGUGGUGCAUGCUACCAGGUAUUGUGCACCCAAGACCAAAAUUCGCAUUGUUCAGGGAAUUCAAUAACAGUAACCCUUACAGAUGAGUGCCCUGGAGCAUGCAAUAAUGAUCCGGUUCACUUUGAUAUAAGUGGAAUUGCCUUUGGAAAAUUGGCAAAGGUAGCAUGCAAUUACAACACAAACAUCUUAUUUAAGGUGGACAAAGGCUCCAAUCCUAAUUUCUUCGCAGUUACAUCUGAAGCAGUAGAUAGAGAUGGUGACCUUUCUUUAGUUGAAAUCCAAACAAGCAAUUCGAGUUGGAUGCCAAUGCAGCGAAUGAUUGGGGCAACUUGGAGUGUUGGCAUACAACCAGAUACACAUAAGCCUCCUUUUUCCCUUAGACUUACUUCAGAAACAAAGCAAAGUGUCACUGCCCCAAAUAUCAUUCCAGACGGUUGGCAAUCACGAUCGAUUUACAAAUCAAAUGUCAAUUUUCCCAAUCAGCUAUAUGGUGAAAGUAAUUAA